AUGGAAACUAACCAAAUGAGGAAAGCGACGAAAGCUGUUGCGGUCCUGUUUCCAUUGCUUGGUUUGACCAAUCUUAUUUUCUUCUGGCAUGGGAACAGUGAGAACGAGACAGAGAUGAAAGCAUUUACUGUAACUAAUGCCGUCCUACAAUCAACACAGGGUGUUUUUGUGGCGGUGAUCUACUGUUUCUUGAAUACAGAGGUUCGGAAGCUGGUCAAACGCAAGGUGUUGGCAAGUCUGGACGAGUAUGGCAAGCGAACUCCUCGUCGAAGUCAUCAGUACCAUACGACCAACGGCUCGUGCGGAGUGCCUACCACAUCAGAGGUCGUCAUGGCGGUGUCGUAUCGGCGGAGUACGCAUGAUCAGUCAACGAUAGCUGACCCAGAACAGUACACGGAAAUGAAACCUUUUACUUCCGAGUGCGGCGAGAGUUGA